CGAAGAAUUUGGUACUUACCAUCUUAACUCAAAGAAUUAUAAUUAAUGAUUCUUAUUCAAAGUUCAAACCCCUAACAAAUGCUCAGCUCUAUAAAUACAAGAGAGAGGGCAUUGUUGAAAGCAUAUGUCUAGUACUAUUUGAAAGAAAAAUGAAUUGAAACUUUACUUCUUAUAAAUAACCUUGUAACGCUUUUUCCUCCUUUGAAUUCACACCUUAAAAAAACCAUACAACAUUUGCUUCUUGUCAUUGCAGAGGGAGAGUGAAAACUGCAAAAGAGUUGGAAAAAUGAAGAAAGUUGGGAGAAAUAUUAGAGGAUGGAGUUCUGUUGUUGGAUUGUUGGGUAUUUUGCUUCAGCUAUUCUUGCUAAUUGAAUGUGCAGCAACAAGGAGAAUUACCAAGAAGAACAGCCAAUCGGACUUGCAAUCCUUAUAUCCUCCAGUACAAUUACAUAGACUGAAUAAUCAUGUGUUGGUGGAUAAUGGCCUAUUCAACAUUACAUUUUCUGUUCCUGGGGGAAUGAUCAAUGCUAUACAAUACAAUGACAUCGAUAAUUUAUUGGAAAAUGAAAAUAAACUAAAUAAUAGAGGGUAUUGGGAUAUUGUUUGGAACAAAGCAGAAAAACCAGGGAUCAUCUAUGACAAACUUGAAGGGACAAACUUUGAGGUUAUAGUGCAAGAUGAAAAUCAAGUAGAGCUUUCAUUCACAAGGACUUGGAAGUCUUUAAAUGCCUCAAAUCUUUCUAUGAACGUUGACAAAAGAUUUAUAAUUCUUCGGGGAAAUAGUGGCUUUUACUCCUACGCAAUUUUGGAACGCUUGGAAGGUUGGCCAGACAUAGAUGUCUACCAAGGAAGAAUGGCUUUCAAGCUUAAUGAAAAAUUGUUCCCAUAUAUGGCUAUUUCAGAUGAAAGACAGAGGAUAAUGCCCACAGCAAAAGAUCGAGAAAUGGGCCGAGAACUUGAUUACCCAGAAGCUGUACUUCUUACAAGCCCAACUAAUUCUUUCCUCAAAGGAGAGGUGGAUGAUAAGUAUCAAUACUCUCUUGAAGACAAGGAUAAUCGGGUCCAUGGGUGGAUAAGCCCAAACCCGAGAACUGGGUUUUGGAUGAUUACACCUAGUAAUGAGUUCAGAACAGGUGGGCCUGUUAAACAAGACCUCACUUCUCACACCGGCCCAAUAACUCUAUCUAUGUUUUUCAGCACACAUUAUGCGGGAGAUAUUCUAGCACUGAGAUUUCGAAAUGGAGAGCCCUGGAAAAAGGUUUUUGGCCCUGUUUUUAUCUACUUAAACUCUGUCUCAUCAGACGAUGAAGAUAUUCCCACACUAUGGACAGAUGCAAAGGAACAGAUGUUAAUAGAAACCGAAAAUUGGCCAUACAAUUUCCCUCUUUCGCAAGAUUUUGUUGCAGCUGAUCAACGGGGUACUGUAAGUGGCAGAUUACUCGUUAGCGAUAGCUAUGUAAGUAAAAGACUUAUCACAGCAAAUUCUUCUUUCAUUGGGUUGGCUGUACCUGGAGAUGUAGGGUCAUGGCAAAUUGAAAAUAAGGGUUAUCAAUUUUGGACUCAAACGGAUAAUGAGGGAUAUUUUUUGAUUAAAAAUAUCAUUCCAGGCAAUUAUAGCUUGUAUGCUUGGGUUCCUGGAUUUAUUGGUGAUUACAAAUCCAAGAACUACAUCAACAUUACUCCAGGAUCAAGAACUAGGCUGCAAACUCUAGUGUAUAACCCUCCAAGGAAUGGACCAACAUUGUGGGAAAUAGGCAUUCCAGAUAGAACUGCUGCAGAAUUCUUCAUUCCCAAUCCACAACCAAGACUUCAGAACCAGUUAUACAUCGAACAUUACGCAGAAAAGUUUAGGCAAUAUGGAUUAUGGGAUCGUUACACAGAACUAUACCCUAAUGAUGAUUUAAUCUACACUGUUGGAUCAAGCAACUAUCAAACAGAUUGGUUCUUUGCUCAUGUAAAUAGAUAUACUUUCAAUGAUGAAGGGAACAAAACAUAUAUACCAACAACAUGGCAAAUUGUGUUUGAUCUUCAAGAAGUGGAGAAGUCCUCAAAUUAUACACUUCAGCUAGCAUUGGCUUCAACAAAUGAAGCUGAAUUACAAAUUCGAGUAAACGAUCACGAUGCAGAUCAUGUUCCUCACUUUACGACAGGGUUGAUAGGCAAGGAUAACGCGAUUGCAAGACACGGAAUUCAUGGAUUGUAUUGGUUGUAUAGUAUAGAUGUCCCUGGAUCUGUUCUUGCUACUGGAAAUAAUGUUAUAUUUCUUAAGCAAAGUAGAGGUUCAAGCCCCUGGAGUGGACUAAUGUAUGAUUAUAUUCGUCUUGAAGGCCCUUCUGCAAAUGAUUAAACAAAAUUCGCAAGCUGAUUCAAAGUAAUCGUUGUUAUUCAUUGGAUUUUAGAGGAGCUACUUUGUUAGGAAUGGGAGUUGCUAUGAUUCUUCGUAAAUAGUUUGUAUUCAUUAGACUCAGGGGCGGAUGUACAUGGGAAGGGGUGAGUUCACAUAAACUCAUCCUCCUCCUCGAAAUCAUGUAUAGCACUCGUAAAUUUCAACUCAAUACUUAAAUUAAUAUGGGUAAACCCAAGCUCAAGUGAACACUUUAGUACAUUGGAAAGGAGUGCCUUUUAAUCAGGGGUUCGAUCCCGUACUUUUCUUCUUUGAAAUUAUAUUUUAAUUAAUAAAUAGGGCUAAAUCCCCAUGCUCUACUGCUUUUUCUAAUAAA